CUCGAGAUCCAUUCCACAAUUUCGCCGCCCAGAUUUCUCCGUCGUUAGGGCUAAAAAGUGCAGUUGGCUGUGGAGGCGUUAAGGCGUCGUGGGAUGACGCUCAUGGAUUUUUGAAUGGAUUGGCUCCAUUGAACCACUCUCUUGAACUCGGGGAAAAUAUCCCCUCCCUCAGCCAUGGGUCAACGACAAUCCUCCGGCAACGCUGCCCAGGAGCAGGCCCCAGCCAAGGCCGACUACUAUGACCUCCUCGGCGUCGAAAGAACUGCGACCGAUGAUGAAAUCAAGAAAGCAUACCGGCGAAAGGCCCUCGAAUUACAUCCCGACCGAAACUAUGGGAAUGUCGAAGAGACCACGAGACUUUUCGCAGAGAUCCAGUCCGCCUACGAAGUCCUCUCCGACCCUCAAGAGCGAGCUUGGUAUGACUCUCACCGAGAUAUCCUUCUGCGCGGAGACCAGGCAGCUGGCCCGACGCCAGAUGCAUUCUUCUACAACAUUCGGAUGACGACCACCGAGGAAGUGCUGAAAUUGAUGAUGAAGUUCAAUGGUCGACUGGAAUAUAGCAAUGCGCCUAGCGGCUUCUACGGUGGUCUGAACGACUUCUUUAAGCAGCUAGCGAAAGAGGAGGACAUUGCCUGUCAAUGGGAGGAUGAAGAACCAAUGGACUAUCCCGAGUUUGGGCUGAAGGACGAUGAUUAUGAGGACGCGGUUCGUCCAUUCUACGCCGCAUGGAGUGGGUUUGCAACCAAGAAGAGUUAUUCCUGGAAAGAUCAAUACAAGUUAUCGGAUGCGCCAGACAGGCGGAUAAGACGCUUGAUGGAGAAAGAGAACAAAAAGAUUCGGGACGAGGCUGUCCAAGAAUACAAUGAAGCGGUCCGCUCGUUGGUGGCUUUUGUCCGGAAACGGGACCCCCGCGUGCAAAACAACCAGAAGUCGGAAGCUGAACGGCAAAGGGCCCUUCGAGAGGCCACCGCGGCACAAGCGGCACGGUCAAGGGCAGCCCAACAAGCAAAGUUUGAGGCCACUGGCGCUGAGGCGGUUGCUGACUGGGCCAAGUCAAGGUCGAAAGACGAACAUGAAGGGGGCUUCUCAAGCGAAUCCGAUUUGGAGGAACAUGAGUACGACUGUGUCGUCUGCGACAAGACUUUCAAGAGCGAGGCACAAUUCAAAGCUCAUGAGAAGAGCAAAAAGCAUAUCAAGCUAUUAAAACAACUGAAAAAGGAGAUGCGCGAGGAGGGUGUAGAGUUGGAUCUGGAAAAUGCCCAUACCGCAAGGUUCCACAACGACGUGGCCGCCGAUGGGGACGAAGUCCACAAUGAACAAGCGCGCUUGACUCAUCAGAAGCCUGACAUCCCUGAAGACGAGUCACAUAGCGGAGAGGUGCAGCCGCAGGAAAACGGCACUGCAAAAGCGGAGGGCGACCACGAGACAUCUGAGGCCUCGGAGGAUGAUGACUAUGCUCCCAGAUCGGACAUAGAGCGACGACUGGGAGAAGAGCCUUUGGAGAAAAUAUCUGCAGCAUUUGACGAUGUCAGUCUCUCAGGCACUCCUCUAACAUCUGACCACGAGACGACAGCACAGCCUAAAAUCGGCAAAGCGAAACAGAAAAAGGCAAGAAAGGCUGCGCAGAAGGCGGCUGAACAAUCCGACAAGGCUGCAGCAGAGUUUCAAUGUGUGGUAUGCAAGGCCGAGUUUCCUUCCAAAACGCGGUUGUUCAACCACAUCAAGGAAGAAAACCAUGCCGCUCCGGUAACCCAGGUCAAAGGUGUCAAGGGCGCAAAGGGGAAGAGGAGAUGACGAAGAUAUGUUCCACGAACUGUACUGGGUCUCUGGCGAGCACUCACGAUGAACUGCAUAUAGAUAUACCCCCAGGUCUGGUUGCAUAGCGAUGGCGUCUUUGAGCGAGAAUGUUGAAACUCAUUCAGAGUGUGUCUAUUUGCAGCCCCUCAUCUCAAUCUUCCGACUUGACACGUUCUUUUCCCCCAUCGGUUGGUGUCUGUAGAAGCUCUCCAACAGACGAGCGAGUGGCGGUGAGGAAAAUGCCC